GGCUCAGAAUCAACUCGAGACUUUUUCACAGAAUAAAUCAGGUCACGGGACUGAAAGAGGGGCUGCUAACAAUGGGAACAUUUGUUAAACAUUGCCGGUGUGUCUGACUUUUGUCCUCCCCUCCUACUUCCCCUCCUCCUCCCUCCUUACCUGUCCGGCAGGUUAACACCUUCACGCUGGAUGUCCAACCUGCCGCCGGCCGGAUUUUCCUGCUGGGAAGAAGCGAGGAAGAAGAGAAACUAACCUGACGACCAGAAUGAAGUUGGCAGGUUACAGUUUCGUUUGAAGUUUUAUAACUUUUUUUUUUUAAAUCUUAAGUUUGAACAUUUUUAAAUCAAGAGAAGAAGAAGAUGUUUUCCUUCCUGCGGAAAGUCAGAGACCCCCCUCCUGAGAACAUCCACAUCUCCUGUUUGCCACCCAGUAUUCCCACAGACCAGGAGCCGGAACAAACUGGAGGAAUAGCAGGCGAUGUUGUGGAGGAGAAAGCGGUGAUCCAGACCACACACACACACAGAGUCACACCCCCGUCCGUCUUCCUCCAGAAACAGAAUAAUGAACCUGUUUCCAGCACUUACUUUGACCAGAGGGUCCCUGUUCCUGACGACCAUGGGGAGAGGGGGAUCAGCCUCCGUAAGCUGUGGGCCUUCACCGGGCCGGGGUUUCUGAUGAGCAUAGCCUACCUGGACCCGGGUAACAUCGAAUCCGACCUGCAGUCUGGAGCUAAAGCUGGCUUCAAGCUCCUAUGGGUGCUGCUGGGAGCCACCAUCAUCGGCCUGCUGCUGCAGCGGCUGGCGGCUCGGCUGGGCGUCGUCACCGGGAUGCACCUCGCUGAAGUCUGCAACCGGCAGUACCACACUGUGCCUCGGAUCAUCCUGUGGUUGAUGGUGGAGCUCGCCAUCAUCGGCUCAGACAUGCAGGAAGUCAUCGGCUGCGCCAUCGCUUUCAGCCUCCUCUCUGCCGGCAGGAUUCCCUUGUGGGGUGGGGUCCUCAUCACCAUCAUCGACACAUUUGUCUUCCUCUUCUUGGAUAAAUACGGUUUGAGGAAGCUGGAAGCUUUCUUCGGUGUCCUCAUCACCGUCAUGGCCAUCACCUUCGGAUAUGAGUAUGUGACGGUGAGCCCGGAUCAAGGCGAGGUCUUAAAGGGGAUGUUUGUGCCGUACUGCGAGGGCUGCGGACCCGUUCAGAUGGGUCAGGCUGUGGGCAUCGUGGGAGCCGUCAUCAUGCCUCACAACAUCUACCUCCACUCCGCUCUCGUCAAGUCUCGAGAAGUGGAUCGAACAAACAAGAAAGAAGUCAGAGAAGCCAACAAAUACUUCUUCAUCGAGUCCACCGUCGCGCUCUUUCUGUCUUUCCUCAUCAACGUGUUUGUCGUGGCGGUUUUCGCCGAAGCUUUCUACGGACGCACAAACCAAGAGGUGUACACGGUGUGUAAUGAAACAGGAAGCCCUCAUUCCCACCUCUUCCCUCAGGACAAUCAAACUCUCACUGUGGACAUCUAUAAAGGGGGCGUGGUGCUGGGAUGCUUCUUCGGCCCAGCAGCGCUCUACAUCUGGGCCGUGGGGAUCCUUGCAGCUGGUCAGAGCUCCACGAUGACGGGAACGUACUCGGGCCAGUUCGUCAUGGAGGGUUUCUUGAACCUUCGCUGGUCGCGCUUCGCUCGGGUGUUGUUGACCCGCUCCCUCGCCAUCACGCCCACCUUGCUGGUCGCCAUCUUCCAGGACUUGCAGCACCUGACCGGCAUGAACGACUUCCUGAACGUGCUGCAGAGUAUGCAGUUGCCGUUCGCCCUCAUUCCCAUCCUCACCUUCACCAGUUUACCGUCUCUCAUGGAGGAGUUUUCCAAUGGACUAGUGUUUAAGAUCGGAGGAGGCCUGGUGGUGCUCAUGGUGUGCUGCAUCAACAUGUACUUCGUGGUGGUCUAUGUGGCCGCUCUGAACAGUGUGUGGCUGUACUUGCUGGCGGCGUUCCUCUCCAUAGCAUACCUGACAUUUGUGGGAUAUUUGGUGUGGUUGUGCCUCAUAGCUCAGGGAGUUUCCUGGCUGGAUCCGAGCCGGAGGAAAGGAACCGACACGUCCGUCCUGAUCCAGCAGGAGCCGGAGUUUGACUCCUGAAUCAGAGGACGCCUCGAUUCAAAGGUGAAGCUGUGAACAACUGGAUGGAACUGUUUUAUCUUGUUGUCACCUCGAGUGUGAGUCAGGACUUUUUUCAGGUGACAUGGCAGCCUGAAACACUGUCCGCUCCUGGUGUUCAAUGUAAACUUGAGAUGUGAGCAAAGAAGAAGAAGAAAAGACAUCUGGACAGUAGGACAAAAGAACGCUGACCACAAACUUCAUAAAUCAGUCCACCUAUCCUAACAUUCACAAAUGACACAGCCAAUGUUCACUUUGGUGUGCAGGUUCAGUGUCUAUAUGUGAAGGUGUUAUUUAAGAGAUACCUCAGUUUUUACACAAGUUCCUAAAUCUGUUUUUUUUAAUUCUCUCAAACAUAAGUCAGGAUGUUUACUUUUUAAUUUACAGAACUGUGUUCAUCUGUUUAUUACUGACACUGUGACUCACAGUAAUGGCUGCACGAUACCACACCAGAGUGUCUUCAGAGGAGGGGGGGGGAUUAAACCCUGAUCUUAUCAUGAGGGGAUAACCUGCUCUACCUUCUGAGCAAUACAAAGUGGAGCGUUGAACCACAGACACAUCAUACGACUGAACAUCCAGUGAACUAUGGGCACCGGAUAGCCUAGUGGUUAUGUCGUGCGUCCCAUGUGCAGAGGCUAUAGUCCUCGUCGCAGCGAAUGUAACCCCCCCCCCCACUCCCAACAUGUCCUGUCUCUCUUCAGUUCUCUUCUCUGAUAAAUGCAAAACAAAAUGGUCCAAAACAUCCAGAUAAUUCAGAAAAAAUAUAUGAAUACAAAAAUCUUAUCUUCCCUAAAUACGAGUAUGAAUGUCGUCUCACUGUGCAAAACAAACCACUCCUUAUCUGCACGAUCUCCUGAAGAUGCUUUAAUACUCAUAACGAUAAUGAUAACCUUUACUCAUAUUGCACCUGUAGAUCAAAAUAACAAACAGAUUUAAGAGAUCAAAUCACAAAAAGAGGUGAUAAUCACUGAGACAAAUUAGCUACGUAUAUGUGAAAAGAUUAAAAAAAGAUCAAAUAAAUCACUAAAUUAAAACAUCAGUUUUCAUUAAGAUGCAUGAGAUUAUUUUUCUACCAUGGCAUCAAUGUUAUAUAAAUGAAGAAAAGCUGAAAUAUUGGCAGCAAACUCAGGAGUAUUUAUUCAUAUAGCAGGAGUUAAUUGGUAACAGCAAUAAAAAAGAGUUAAUAAAUUAAAUCCCUGCAAACUGAUCCUGGAUCACCAGGUUAGUUUCAAAUCAACACACGUCCAUUACGAGUCAGUGAGCCUUCUUGCAGCUGCAGUUGCCGUAGAAACAGUGUUGGUCGUACACAUAAUAAACUACCUAAGUGUGUAAAUAUGAUCUUAUAUAAAUCAUAUUUCAUGCCUUUGAAUGCCCCUUGUGGCCUUUUUCAGUUCAUGAAUUCAUUUUUUUUUUUUGCAUAACCCUGCAAUAUCCACCUGCAGUUUCUCUUUUGGCCACAAGGGGGCAUUGCAGGCCACAUAGGACUCUCCUCAGAUAGAGUAAAUGCCUCUCCAACACCAGAACAUAACACAUUAAAUAACACAGUGUGUUACAUCA